AUGGCUGCCCUGCUGAAUGAAAUACUGGAUAGAAAUAAAACUUGUACAAAUCUUAUUUCAAGUAUCGCGCAUGAAACAAACUCUCGCACAAAUCUUGCUACGUGUAAUGUCUACGAUACAAAUGUUAACCGCAUUAAAAAUGAAACAAUCGAUACUUCAUGGUCAAAUAUUUUAGUGUCAAAAACAAAUAAAACUGAUUGUGAAUUACAAUCUGACGAUAACGUUUCUGACGAUCGUAUGACACUCGUUCAGCGCAUUUUCUACAUUGGAAAUGUCAAACUACCUGACAGUUCCAAAAUCGAAAAACACUGUGGGAAUAGAGGAAACAAUUUGAUUUCCUGUUAUCCGGCCUCUAAACGUGUAGAAAAUGAUGAUGAAAUAAAAUACUCCUCAUUCAGAUUGUGUAUCCCGGCCGAGGAGUAUGGCAAGGUGAUGACUGCAUCAAACUGGCCUGCCUCAGUUGUCAUUCGUGAAUGGAUCUUCAAUAAAGAUAACACCAACUCCUCGAACACUCUGCCCAGUGCCAAGACAAAUGCAUCUGCAAUGAAAGAUGUUAACAACGCCGAAGAAAACAGCGGCGUCAGCAGAUCAGAUAUCUGA